UUGGAACAUUCCCGACACGGUGCGUGGAUGGGUGUGCGCGUGGACGCGGGUGCGCGUGUGUCAGCUGCCUCAUCUCGUGUUGAUGUCGAGUGGCUUGCCACCGGGCCCGACGGUUAAUAACGGAAUAAAACGUCCCCCGGCCCCCCCGCCCCGUACACGGAGCCCCCCUUUCCACGACACCGUGACCCGACCCGUCCUGCCCGAAACGAUGAGCCAGCCUCGGCCGGACGAGUUCAAGCCGCCCCCGGAGUGCCCGGUGUUCGAGCCCAGCUGGGAAGAAUUCGCAGACCCGUACGCCUUCAUCAAUAAGAUCCGUCCCAUCGCCGAGAAAACGGGCAUUUGCAAAGUCCGGCCGCCUCAGGGUUGGCAGCCUCCAUUUGCUUGCGAUGUUGACAGACUUCACUUUGUACCUCGGAUCCAGAGGCUCAAUGAACUGGAGGCUCAGACGAGAGUCAAACUCAACUUUCUGGACCAGAUUGCCAAAUUCUGGGAUUUGCAGGGAUGUUCCUUGAAGAUUCCCCACGUGGAGAGGAAGAUUUUGGAUCUGUACCAGCUCAACAAGUUAGUGGCGGAGGAAGGCGGAUUUGACGUGGUGUGCCGCGACCGACGUUGGACUAAGAUUGCGAUGCAGAUGGGCUUCGCCCCUGGGAAAGCUGUUGGCUCACACCUGCGAGGACAUUACGAGAAAACGCUCUACCCCUACAAUCUCUUUCAAAGCGGCGCAAAUCUGCUGACACCAGAGGCGGCUUCCAAACUGAUGCGUUUGGAGGCUGAUGGCGAGCGCCAAAAGUGCGUUCAAAAGGCAGUCCACGCAGAGCCAGAGGAGGCUGCAGAACAUGCGGAUCCGGUCGACACCAAGGAGCCGCCCACGCUGCCCGAGCCGCUUCAGAGUCAGCCCAUCCAGAUGGCCAAUUCCUUCCCCGGCGCUCGCAGAGGCAAACGCAUCAAGUAUGAGUCUGCGUGUGUGAAGAGCGAAGCGGGCGAGGCGGCGGGCGAGAACCGUCCCAACUUGAGGAGGAGGAUGGGCUCUUUGGUGGCCAAGCCAGAAGCAGAAAACGAGAUUCCCGUGCAAGUCAAACAGGAGCCGGCGGAAAUCAAGGAGCCGCUCUUUGAGGAGGACAAAUUCAAGCAGCGCUACCCAAAAUACGUUCCAGCUGUGCCUCCCAAUCCGGUGGAUCUGGUUGCGUGCCUGGUUUGCGGCAGCGGGGGCGACGAGGACCGCUUGUUGCUAUGCGACGGCUGCGACGACAGCUACCACACCUUCUGCCUCAUCCCCCCUCUGAGCGACGUCCCCAAGGGAGACUGGAGGUGCCCCAAGUGUCUGGCUCAGGAGUGUAGCAAGCCUCAUGAAGCCUUUGGCUUUGAGCAGGCUUACCGGGACUACUCCCUGCGGGCCUUCGGGCAAAUGGCGGACGCGUUCAAGUCGGAUUAUUUUAACAUGCCGGUUCACAUGGUCCCUACGGAGCUGGUGGAAAAAGAGUUCUGGCGCUUGGUGGGAGCCAUCGAGGAGGACGUGACGGUGGAAUACGGAGCAGAUAUCGCCUCCAAGGAGUUUGGCAGCGGAUUCCCCAUCGCCAACGGGAAAUUCAAGGUCUCGCCCGCGGACGAGAAAUACCUCCGGUGCGGCUGGAACCUCAACAACAUGGCCAUGAUGAACCCGUCCGUCCUCACCCACGUGACGGCGGACAUCUGCGGCAUGACCUUGCCGUGGCUUUACGUGGGCAUGUGCUUCUCCUCCUUCUGUUGGCACAUCGAGGACCACUGGAGCUACUCCAUCAACUACCUCCACUGGGGGGAGCCCAAAACCUGGUACGGAGCUCCCGGCGGUGCCGCCGAGCAGCUGGAGGAGGUGAUGAAGAAACUGGCCCCGGAACUGUUUGAGUCUCAGCCCGACCUCUUGCACCAGCUGGUCACCAUCAUGAACCCCAAUACCCUGAUGGCGCACGGGGUCCCGAUUUAUAGAACAAACCAGUGCGCCGGUGAAUUUGUCGUCACCUUUCCCAGAGCCUACCACAGCGGCUUCAAUCAAGGCUUCAACUUUGCCGAGGCCGUCAACUUCUGCACUGUCGAUUGGAUGUCUCUGGGCAGGCAAUGCGUCAGUCACUACCGCACGCUCCACCGCUACAACGUCUUCUCCCACGACGAGAUGGUGUGCAACAUGGCGGCCAAAGCCGAGACCCUGGAUGUGGUGUUGGCCUCCGCCGUCCACAAGGACAUGGCCGCCAUGAUCGCCGAAGAGCGGGAACUGAGGGCCAAAGCGGCAAAAAUGGGAUUGCUGCGGCGGCGCGAGGCCAAGUACGACCAUCUCCAGGAUGACGAGCGACAGUGCGCCAAGUGCCGGACCACCUGCUACCUGUCGGCCGUCACGUGCCCCUGCAGCCCCGGCGUGCUGGUCUGCCUGCAUCACGUGGGCGACCUGUGCGCCUGCCCGCUCGACAACUACACGCUCAAUUUCAGGUACACGCUGGAGGACCUCCUGCCCAUGAUGAAUGCCUCCAAGCGGCGGGCCGAGCAGUACGACGCCUGGGCCUCCCGCGUGUCGGAGACUCUGGAGGCCAAACUGGAAAAGAAGAAGGGCUUGCCGGUUUUCCGCUCGCUGCUUGCCGAAUGCGAGUCGGAAGGCUUCCCUGAAAACGACCUGCUGCGUCGCCUGCGUCUGGUCACGCAGGACGCGGAGAAGUGCUCCUCCGUGGCGCAGCGGCUCUUGAGCGGCAAACGGCAGACCAGGUACCAAUGCGGCGCGGGGAAAUCCCGGAGCCGGCUGAGCGUGGAGGAGCUGCGUUCGUUUGUGCGGCAGCUGUAUAACCUCUCCUGCAGCCUCACGCAAGCGCCCUUGUUGAAGGACCUCUUGAAUCGCAUCGACGACUUCCAGCAGCACAGCGAGAAGGUCCUGGCCGACGAGUCCCCCGGCGCGGCCGAGAUCCAGAGCCUGUUGGACGUCAGCUUCGACUUUGACGUGGAGCUGCCCGAGCUGCCGCGCCUGAGGGAGCGGCUGGAACAGGCGCGCUGGCUGGAAGGGGUGCAGCGGGCCCUCAUCCAGCCCGCCGGCCUCACUUUGGAAAGCAUGCGGAGGCUCAUCGACCAGGGCGUGGGCCUGCCGCCGCAUUCCUCGGUGGAGAAAGCCAUGGCGCGCCUUCAGGAGCUUUUGACCGUGUCGGAGCGCUUGGAGGACAAGGCCAGCGGUCUUCUGAAAGCCAGGCCGCCUCACUCCAUCGAGACCCUGAGUGCUGCGGCUGAGGAAGCUUCCGGCGUCUCCUCUCACCUCCCCAACUGCCUCCUCCUGAAGGACACCAUCAGAAGAGCGCUGGAGUGGCUCCAGGAAACGGAGGAGCUUCAGGCCAAUGAGCGCAGACCCCUGGUGGACAACUUAAGCGACAUGGUGCUACGAGGACAAGCCAUCCAAGUCCACCUGGAGCCCCUAGACCGACUCGAGUCCGUCGUGGCACAAGCGCAAGACUGGAAAGAAUCGGCCGCCUCCCUUUUCCUUCCCAAGGACACGGGCCACACCCUACUGGAGGCUUUGUGUCCCAGAUGCGAGCUUGGACAUGAAGGCUCCCCGAAGAGGAAGGCCAAGAAGGGGAAGGAAUCGCCUAAAAGUAGCAAGAAGAAAAGCCCCCGGCUCCUCAACACCAUCAGCGAUGUGGAGAAAGCGCUUUCGGAGGCCGAGGACUCCGCUUCCGUCAACGCGACGCUGGAGGCUCUGCGGGCCAGGGAGAUGGAGGCCUUCCGGCAGCUGCGAGUGGCCAACGAGUCCAAGCUGCUCCCGACGGCCGACUGCACGGACCUGAAGGUGUGCGUCUGCCACAAGGCGCCCAUGGGGGCCAUGCUGCAGUGCGAGCUCUGCCGGGACGCCUUCCACAGCGUGUGCGUCCGCCACCCGUCGGACCUCGGCCACGCGCCUCCGUGGCUCUGCCCCCGCUGUCGCAGAUCCAGAAAGCCGCCGCUGGGCAAAGUUCAGCCCCUGCUGGCGUCCCUGAGGCGGAUCGGCGCUCGGCUGCCGGAAGGCGACGCGCUGCAGCACCUGCUCGAGAGGACGCUGGACUGGCAGCGGCGGGCGCAGCGCGUCGUGCAGUCUUGCCGGUUGAGCGAGCCGGCGCCGCCCGUGCUGACCCGCUGCGCGUCGGACUCCGCCGACACUUGCGGCGACACGCAGGUCGCGCCUCGUCUCCCCGUUUGGCUCGCUUGGGGGCAUCGGGGCUUUCGUCAUUUUGCCGUUUUCCCGCAGGCGCCUUGUUUGACUCCGGAGUGGAACAAGACCAGCCAUUCCCAGACCGUCUUCUACACCGAGCAGAGAUGCAUUCCGCUGCAGGGCUUGAAUCGGGACCUGGAGGAACUGAUGGUGGAAGGCCUCCUGCUGCAGGUGUCGCUGCCAGAAGUCCACACGCUGCAGCGUCUUUUAUUGGACAGAGCCACCAGCCAGCGCGCCGCGUCUCCGGCGCGGGACGAUUCCGCCGACUGCGACAAACGGGGGCGCUUUCACUCUCAGGGAACCAAAGUCAGUCAGGACGCAAAAGCGAGGGACGCUCCGAUGGUGCCGGAGAAGAAAGCAAAGAGGCACCUGCCGAUCCACGGCGAGCGGCGGGCGAGGGACGCCACGCAUUCUCACAAAAGGCAGAAGCCGAAUCCAAAGGAAGUUCCGCGCAGGCCGGCCUCCAACUUGCCCUCGCCGCGUUCUGAUAUCUCGCAGUCCGACGAGUCGGACGAGGACAUGGCCGCGUGUCCCGCGGAGCGAUGCCAGCUCCCCGAGGGAAAUGAGGUGGACUGGGUCCAGUGCGACGGCUGCUGCAACCAGUGGUUUCACCAAGUGUGUGUCGGCGUCACGGCCGAAAUGGCGGAGAAGGAGGACUACGUUUGCGUCCGGUGUGCACUCGGCACCGCGCGCAUGACGGAAUGAAGCGCUGCCGCCCAAAAGGACGCUCGGCGGGUGCCACCAGCCUCACCCUCACCCUUUGUCCAACCCUUUUUGUAACAAUGGUGCUAUUUUCUCUUUCUUCACUUGUUGUCCGGAACUAUAAUUGUUUGGGGGGGGGAUUUUUACAUGCAUAUUAUAUAUAUUUACUUAUGAAUUGUUUGUGGAUGUGAUGUGCAUUGCAUGGGAUGCCAUUACAUCGACGCAAAGAAGUCUUACUUCAAACGCACCCAGUCAAGGUUAAAUGGUGGAUGGGGGGGGGGGGGGGGUCAAUAUUCUCUUCUCUCAAGCCCGAUUGCAUGCCGAGCAAGAUUUGAUGACGUCGGAGCCCAGGUUUUCUCCCACCUCCCUUUGGAAUCCAGCGUUUAGUACAUGCAUCUUCAUAUGAUCCUUGCCCUUUUUGUAGAAUAGUUUUAUUUAUCCGAGCAAUAAUUUCUGUCCGAUUAAACAAACGGAUCUCCGGCGAAUCGUUGUUGCCGUAGCAACGGUGCGAUGUACAGCGGGGGGGGGGGGGGCGCGGCUGCUCACGUGUACAAAUGGCAGCGUGGAACUUGGGAUAGGAUACUCAGUGUGGACUUGCUAGAGUUUAUAUUGUGGAAUAAAUUCAUUUUGUUCUA